CUACUCAUUACCUGUAAGGUAAACAAUCAGAGCAAAGCUUUCGGAAACCUACCACAGAAAGGUUUAUUGUGAUAAGAGCCGAUUGGGUGCGUCGCGUUUUAUGAAAUUGACAGAAAAUUUGUCAUCGCUCAGUCAUCGAUACAGUUAUUAUGGAACGCGUCUAUCCCAGCGAGCCGCUAGAGCAGCCCAAAGAUGUGAGUGGCCUGGUGCAGGAGACGCAUCCGGAGCACCAGAAACUGUUGGCCCCGCCCACCUACGAUCAGGCAACGGGCACGGCAACGGCCACUCCCGCAGUGACAACGGGACCAGUACCGACGCCAGCACCACCACCACCCACCGGCUCAGCCACCCAGCACACGGUGAUUAUUUUGCCCGAUUCGCCGUACGGACCGGAGCCGCAGGAUGUGCAGUGUCCGUAUUGCCAUAACUAUGCACGCACACGCAUCUCCUACCGGCCCAAUUCCCGCACGCAUCUGAUUGCCCUGGUGCUGUGCCUGCUACAACUCUAUUGCUUCGUCUGCUUGCCCUACUGCAUUUCGAGCUGUAUGAAUGCCAACCACUACUGUGGCAUGUGUAACCGUUAUCUGGGCACCUAUUUGCGCAAGUGAGUUGCACCUGUGACGCCACUGUCUGCACCGUCGCGACGCGUCGGCCGGAUGUGCAGCUCCAAAAUUAACAUUUAUCUGCAGACCGAAUUGGCUAAAUUGGCUAAAAGUAAAGAAUUAUACGUGAGAUACACACACACACACACACACAUACACGUAGAUAUAGUUGAUUAUAUAUUCAGUAGUGCAGGUACACU